GUGGCCUGGAGACGUCGCGGGCUGUGACGUAGGACCGGAUGACGUCAAGCGCGCGCCGCCGCUUAGCUCACGUGCGGAGUUGGCGAGAGAGACCAUGGCUCCAGGCGUGCAGCUGCCCCCGGAGAUCCAGCUGGCUCAGCGCCUGGCGGGCAACGAGCAGGUGACCCGGGACCGGGCGGUGCGGAAGCUCCGGAAGUACAUUGUCGCCAGGACCCAGCGGGCCACAGGGGGCUUCACGCAUGAGGAGCUGCUGAAGAUAUGGAAAGGACUGUUUUACUGCAUGUGGAUGCAGGACAAGCUGCUCCUGCAGGAGGAACUGGCAAGGACCAUUUCCCAGCUCAUCCAUGCUUUUCAGACCACGGAGGCACAGCACCUGUUCCUGCAAACGUUCUGGCAGACCAUGACCCGCGAGUGGGCGGGCAUUGACCGGCUGCGCUUGGACAAGUUCUACCUGGUGAGGGGUUCUGACUGCGGGCUCCGCCUCGCCUGGGCUCCUCUCAUGCGCAUGGUCCUGAACGAGGCCCUGAAGGCAGUGAGGAUUCGAGGCUGGGCAGAGAGGGACAUCGAGCAGCUUCUGGAGCUGCUGACAACCGAGAUCUUGCACGAGGACAGCCAGGCUCCCAACGGUGUGAAGAGCCACUUCCUCGAGGUCUACCUGGAGGAGCUGGCCAAAGUGGGCGCCGCAGAGCUCACUGCUGACCAGAACCUGCGGUUCGUGGAGCCCUUCUGCUGGAUCGCCGCCCUCACCAAGGACUCCCUGGUUCUGCACAACAUCACUCGGGGCAUCUUCGAGACCAUUGUGGAACAGGCCCCCUUUGCCAUCGAGGACCUCAUGAGGGAACUGGAUGAGGAGGAAGGGGAGGAGGAGGCGUCAGGUGGCGAUGACGACUCAGACAGUGACGAGGAGCUGCCUGGCCAGAGGCCACCUGCAGGCUCCCCGGAGCAGAAGUGGGAUGACGAGGACAGCACCAGCCCUGUCCUCCAGUUUGACUACAAGGCGGUUGCCGACAGGCUGUUUGAGGCAGCCAGCCAGCAGAACACCCCUUCUCAGAACAGGAAGCGCCUCUACAAGGUUGUCCGCAAGUUGCAGGACCUCGCUGGAGGGCACUUCCCUGAGGACGAAGUCCCGGAGAGGGCCUGCAAGCGUCUGCUGGAGGGGAGGCGCGUGCGGAAAGGGAAGCGGCGCUGGCUGCAGCAGCAGGCACGGAGCCUGAGAGGGGAACCUGGAGUGGAGGCCGAGGCCCUGAGCCCAGGAGGUGAGAUGAAGAAGAGCCGGGGGAGGCCCAGGAGCACCGACCCUGCGCCGCGCACAGGAGCUGCUGGCCGGAAGGGGCCGCCCGGGAGAAAGAGGCGACCUGGGCAGCGGCAUGGCGCCCGAGCAAAGGCGAAGGCGGCUGGGACGCGGGAGUCAGCGAGGAAGAAGCAGCGGCCGCUGGAGAGCGGGCAGUGGCGUGGCCGGCGGGGACGGGUGGGGGCUGUGCGAUCCUCCAGCGCCGAGCCGACCUGAGCCUCGGGAUGCCUGAGCCCCACUUCUGCCCUGCCGGCAUGUGGAGGGCGGGCCCAGGACGGGGAGGAGGUGUUGGCCUUGGGUCGGAGUCGAACCUGGAGACCUGAAGCCCUCCACGUGACUCACCCGUGCCCUGGGCCACCAGGGAAUAAAACCCUGCGGGUCCAACCAGCA